AAGCAUUGUAAAGCACAGAGAGGUCUGGUAAAGCAUAGGGAAGCAUUGUAAAGCACAUUAAUAAAGAUGGGACAAAAUACUGUGGUGAACUUUCUGAAGGGUACGCUCAGCUAUUCUCAUUCAGGGGGUUUAUUUGCCAAUAGUUUUAUUUUCUUACUUCAUGGGAAGUGUGGCUGUGUUCUGGCAAGGUUUGAAAUGACCCAAUUUCAGAAAGGUCCUUUUUACAAAAAGGUUUGCAUGGAGCAAGCCGGUCCCAGGGCCCUGCUGCUCCGAGGACUAGCCCUGGUUUGCAUGGAGCAAGCCGGUCCCAGGGCCCUGCUGCUCCGAGGACUCCCCCAUCCCGGGGUUACAGAUAAAAACAAACAAUGCAAUCCUGGUGAAUAGCAUCCACUGCCCCGAAUACUGAACCACGCUGAAACACAGAAGCAUCGGAACCACGCUGAAACCCAGAGAUUACUUCAAGGUCUAGAGACCGACUGGUUGAGAAACAGGAGAGAGAGUUAAAUACGGUCAAGAAGAGAGGAAGAGAAAGUUCACUUCUAAACUGGUCGAGGCUCGAGUUGGACACACAUUGUGCAUCUGCAUCGCCAGUUUGCAGGAAUGUCUCUGAACUUCACCUCUAACUUGACGGACCCGUUCUCUUGCCAUCACUCCUCAGUGGAGGUGUACCGCUACUUUGGGGUUGUCCUGGGCUGUGUGGUGACACUGGUGGGAGUGCUGGGCAACACCCUGACCCUGCUGGCAUUGGCGUUGGACCGCGGGCUGCACACCCGUUUCAACGCGCUGAUCCUGAACCUGAGCGUCGCGGACCUCCUAUACUGCGCCGGUCUGCAGCCCUUCACGGUCGACUCCUACCUGCACCUGCGCUGGCGCUGGGGGGGCCCGGGCUGCAGCGCCUUCGCUCUCCUGCUCUUCCUCUCCAACGCAGUCUCCAUCAUCACCCUCUGCCUCAUCGCAGCUGCCCGCUACCUGAUGGUGGCCCGCGGCCAGCUCUUCAACAGAGUGUUCGGAAGAGUCGGUCUGGCCCUCCUGAUCUCCUCCAGCUGGGCACUCGGGCUGGCCAGUUUCGGUCCCCUCUGGGGCGCCUACAGGUUCGUAAGCCAGGUGUGCACUUGUAGUUUCGAUCGCACCCAGGGCCGGCCAUACUCCACGAUCCUGCUGGUCCUGUACUUCUUCGUGGGCCUGGCCUGCGUCGGGGUUUUUUAUUUCCUGAUCCACAGGAAGGUGAAGGCAGCGGCCGCGGCACUGGAGAGGCACAAGAUCAAGAAGGGCGUUUCCGUCAGAGCGACCGGGAAGAGAGAGAGAGAGGGGGAGAGCAGCAGCACUCAGCAAACAGACCUGGAAGCAGAUCACAGCCAGGGGUCUCAGGCCGACAGUGCGAGGGCCGCAGGUGAGCCAUCAGGGGCCCGAUUCCCGACCCAGAAACCAGCGCCACCUGUGGACCGGUCGGGUCCUGCUGAAGCUUCAAGCCAAUCAGAUUCAAAAAACGACAACAAAACACAACCCGUCUCAGACUGUUCAGAGCCCAGCAGCUCCUCAGGGGGCAAAACAGAGAGCCAGAGCCGGCCCAAAGCCACACACCCUGCCCCGCCCUCCUCCGGGGAGCAGGACGCGGAGUUCAAGCGCGUGACCCGGAUGUGCUUCGCGGUGUUCCUCUGCUUCGUGUUCUGCUAUGCCCCCUUCCUCCUCGUCAACGCGCUGGACUCCCAGGGCCGCGCCCCACAGGCACUCCACAUGUUCUGCGCCAACAUGACCUGGCUGAACAGCUGUGUGAACCCUGUGCUGUACGCAGCCAUGAACCGCCGCUUCAACCAGGCCUACCGCGCCGUGCUGGCCCGCGCCCUCACCCCCCUGGCCAGGCUGUGGGAUGCGGUGCGAGGCUAGAGGGUUCGGAUCGAGCUCACCUCUCCACAGAAACCGGGACCAGACAAUCGCACAAAAUGCCAGUCCAAACGCUUGUCAAAUAAUUUGGCUGGGUCUACAACACCAGAGAGAGAGAGAGUUUGAAUGAAAGUACUGCCCAAACAGAUUGCCCGAGUAUUCAGACGGAGCUCUCCGACGAAAUCAGGGUCCGACGAUCCGGGCAGGGUCGCUGGGGUCGAUUGGGCUGAUUCACCCUUCAGAGUGAAGAAACAGCUGCUUGGGUUUGUGAUGAAUGCUGCUUCUCUUAGCCUCUGUGGAGAGCAGCGAUCCACACAAACCCCAGCAGCUGUUGAACUCGUUUCCCUGUGAACGCUGAGUUAGCCUGACCGGCAGGAACGACCCUAGCCUGUGGAGAGCCUGCUCUGAAUAUUCGGUCCAUGCAGCUCUACUGCAGAUACAGCGGCGAUGAAAACCUGUAUUCAUGAGUACAUCACAGCUGCACAAUGCAAAGAAUCACACAUGUUUACAACACCACGAAGCAUGCAAGAGAAUCACAUUGAACACAGCAGUGCACGGAUCCUAGCCGAGAAACUGGAACAGAGGCAAAAGGGCAGAGCCCGGUCGGUUUACAAAUUUUAAUGUAAGCAGCAUUUGUUUUUUAUUUUUGGUGUUUUGUUUUUAAUAGAUCUGUUUUAGUUUUUUUUUUUGGGUGGCAAAGGCAUUUAUUAAUUCAGCAACAUUGACCCCCGUAUAAAUACAGAUCGUUCAGAUUUGAGUGGUUCAUUGUUUGUCAGUUUCAUCCAUCAAUAUAAAAUGUUAGCACUGUGCAAGAAUUGUAUAUUUUAUUAAAGUAAUAUUAUUUAAAGACA